AUUCUCCCUACUAAGUUCUUAUCAAUGACUUGCAUUUAAUUACUAUAAAAUUAUUCAUCGUCUUGUUUGUUGACUGGAUUUGGAUUUCAUUUUUUGGGCGUUACUCUUGUAUUGGCACUCUUCAAUUAUAUGAUUUCAUAAGAGCAGCCUGUAAAUCCCCUCUAUGCGCCACAUAUGAGAGUGUAUGAUACUAUAGCCGAAUACAGUGAUGUCAGUAUAACGUAGAGUUAGGAGAAACGUGGGUUAGAUAACCGCGUUGGUGACUAGUUAGGGUAACUGUUAAUAGUUUUAACAUGGUCAGUCGCGACAAUAGUGUUGCUGUUACCAGCACUGUCAGAAGUCUUGCGACAACUCGUAAUGUCGUGUUAACAGUGUUCCAUAAGGAUGUCAAAUUCAGAAGAGAAGGUUUCACGAUUUUUCAUUAUUAAUAAAUUAAGGAAACUAUUUCGCAAAAAGGAAAGGAAUAAGAAACAAAAACGGGAAAAGAAACAUUACGUGAAGUGUAAUUUGAAUGAACAUAAGGUAGUGGCUGUCGCUCACGCGUCUUCCAACGAGCCAUCUCAUUCAAGGAUCAAUGAUUCUUCAUUAAAUUCGGAAUCUUUUAUUGAAGUCGAAAACGAUACAUCAUCAAAUUAUAAUAUGACAGGAACGGACAGAAAUCUUUCAGCAAAAUUACAAUUUUUAACCGAAAAUAUUACCACGUCCGUUGUUGCUUUGAAUGAACUGUCUAAAAUGAAUUCUAAUAAGUCUAAAGAAAGAGACUCAUCGAGUACGUCCAUCGAAUUAUCUAACACCAUUGAUAAUCCAACAAAUGUCAUAACGAAUACAAAUUUCGGUGAAAACGAAGAAGAAUCUGGAGCAAAUGGCAAAAUUACAGUUCACGUGGAUGUUGGAACAAGUACUCCAAGUAUUAAUUUUAUCGAAGCAAAAGAGAAGCCUGAAAAUGAUGAUGGUGAGAAAAGUAGCGCUGUGAAAAGAGUCAAAAAUUUUUUACAUUUGAACAAAGAAGACAGUGACACGUCUUCAGAGUACAGUACAGACAGCGAAGAAUCCAUUUAUGAGGACUCCUGUGAUUCCGACGACGAGGAAGAUUUGGAUGAUAAUGAACGUUUGAUAAUGGCUGAGAGAAAUAAAAAAUACUUUGAAGACGGUUACUUUACUAAGGGAAAAUACAUUACGUACUUCUUUCUACAAUUAGAAAGGCAAUAUUACAAUCCCAAUGAAGUCUACAGUAUGGUUCGUUAUCACGCCGACGAGGACGUAACGAAUAGGGAAGGUGGAAAUUCAUCUUCUGAAUCGACGUCACCAAAUAUUCCAGCACCUUUACGGCGCAGACUACUACACAGACGAUCAGCUGAUAACUUGAUUGUGAAUUCACCUACGAAUUCUAUGCGACAUUCUAGUCCAGAAUCUAUAAAAAGUGCUCCUGUGCAAUUAAAACCGCGUUCAACCUCUCACGAUGCACUAUCCAAAAAGAAGGAUCGACAAGGAACACAAACAGACGGAAUGGAUAGUCUGGCAAAGCAAUCGUUACUAGCAGCUCAAGUUUUGAAUUUAAUCCCCACACAGAAGGCGCGAGAGAGAAACUUCCUUCACGGAAGGAUAGCAGCUAACUCCUUACUAGGUUCGGUAGAGCUUGAAAAGGUGCUACCCAAUCGUGAGAUCAAAAUAUUCGUUGGUACCUGGAAUAUGAAUGGACAGACUCCUCCAAAAGAAUUAAAUGAUUUUAUGCUCCCAUCUGAUAUUGAAACUGUUCCUGAUAUGCUGGCAAUUGGUACACAAGAGUCCUGCUCCGAAAGAAGCGAAUGGGAAGCUGCGUUACAAGAAACACUAGGACCCUCUCAUGUACUGUUAACCAGUACUGGGCUAGGUACACUUCACCUAGCCCUCUUCCUCCGGAGGGAUCUGAUUUGGUUUUGUUCUGUACCCGAGGAUUCAAGUUUUUCAACAAGACCCGGAACGGCAUUCCGUACAAAGGGUGCCGUUGCCCUGGCGUUGAUGCUUUUUGGUACGAGCUUCCUUUUCGUCACUGCACACUUGACUGCCCAUCAGGACAAGGUCAAGGAACGUGUCAACGACAUCAAAAGAAUUGUCAGGAACUUGGACCUACCCAAGGAUUUGCCCACUAAACACAAAAAUAAGGACGUAACGCAGAAUUUCGAUUGUGUUUUCUGGUGCGGCGAUCUCAAUUUCCGAUUAGCUCAACCGCGAGAGGAAGUUAUACAAUGGGUUACGGGUACUCAGUUUCCUCAAGAAACACCCAUCAACUUACAGAAGGAUCAACUCAGGACGACCCUUAACGAAGGUGCUGUUUUACGUGGCUUCGAGGAAGCUCCCAUUACCUUUCCACCUACCUACAAGUAUGAUCCUGGGACGCAGAACUUUGACUCCAGUAGCAAGCAACGCACGCCAGCAUACACAGACAGGAUUCUCUUCAAAGGAAAGGGACACAACAAAGGAUACAUAAGCCGCGUUAGCUAUGAUAAUGCAAAUUCUCAGAAAGAUGGAGCACUUGAGUGCUUGAUAUACGAUUCAGUUCCGAAUAUUUGUACCUCUGAUCAUAAACCCGUCUGGGGAGUCUUCAAGACUACUAUUCGUCCUGGCAUUGAUACGAUACCUCUGGCUGCUGGACUCUUUAAUCGCGAAGUUUACUUAGAAGGAAUCAAGAGACGCGCUGCCGCAAUGGACGAAUCUUACGGAACUUCAAGAGUCUGUGCAAUUCAAUGAUAAAGAGCUACUCAGUGAUUCACAAUCGUGAAUAAUUUUUAUUUAGAUUUUAAACACGAUCGUUAAGCAUGACUGUGCCCUUACGAUAAUUAAUCGACUGGCUCGUUUAUAUUUUAUAGUAUCUGCAUGAGUUCGAAACUUUACGACUCACAGGGUAUUUAGUAGGAGUAAAGUAAUUCGCACAUGACUUUUAAAUGACGUUAGUAUUCCUUUACACAAUGCAACGUACGCAUGGAUACUAUUAUUUUAAUGGUACUCAUCAUUCACUUAGUCGGGUGACUCAUCGACCCUUCAAUUCUCCGGCCUUUAACAUACCACGGCAAACCAUGAAUCUAGUCACUGAAUUAUCAAUUGUUUAUACAUAUUCAUUUAUAUUGCUGACUGUUACAAGUGAUUGUAUUUUCGUUAUUUGUGAUAAAUUUACUGCUAUUGCUUUAGAUUUUUUUUUUGGCCAUAAAUAUUCAACCAUAAUAUUAUUAGGACAAUAAUGUUAGCGUGCGAAAUCAAUGAGAAGAUAGAAUGUUAGAGAAAUACGUUUCAGACAGGAUAUCAACUAAAAAUGGCUUACAAUGCGUAUUUUCUAUUUUACAUUUCUAAUAAUUGUACUGAUAGUUUAUUAAAACGUAUCGACAACAUUAUUUCGCACAGUCGAUCCUCGUCUAACGUAAUCACGUGCACGUAUAUAGUACAACAGUGAAACUGUUUUUUUUUCUUUUAUCAAGAAUCAAAAAUUUGGUUAGAUUUGAUUUUGAGGAAGAAUUAUAUAGAUUUAUAGAUUGUCUUUAUAGUAUUCUUUUAGCGUGUAGUUUUCCGUUAAUCGGGACCAUGUAUUCCAACUAGGCCUUUGAGAAAUUUUGAAUUAUUUUUUUCUAGAUACCACUCUAAAAUGUCUACCGUGUAGAUAGUUAUAGGUAUUAAUUAAAAAAUAGUCGUUUCGUGCAGUCAAUUGCAAAGAGAGUCAAAACUAUCAGUAUGCGACGGCAGCAGAAUAAAAUGUUGACUGGCCUCCCAAUUCGAUAAUUGGAGCUUUGCGUAACUAUACAUAUAGCACUGUUUUAUAAAAUGACAACAAAAAAUAUGAUACCAAAAAACAAAGAUCGAUAGGUAAAUUUCCGAAAUUUAAUCCUUCGGCGAAGAAAGCAAUAUAAUGGAUUGUCGACGGAAUACAUAUAAAUAUGUAAUUAAAUGUUAGAAUUAGUGUAUUUAUCAGUGACGUUUUAGUACGAAUGUCGAUUUUAUUUGAGAUACGCUUAAAGAAGUACAUAUGUCGUACGAAAUCCAAUGUCAAUAGUGAAUCUUUACGUUUUAUAUAAUUAAUUUUUGAAUGAAUGAAACAAUGAAAUGGAAAUUUACUCAAUCCCUUUGCUUCCUUCAGUCAUCAAUUCUAACUCUAUUGAUAAUUGAAAAUGAAUAAUAAUCGCCGCCAUUUGUCAGCUGGUUUUAGACUCGGCGAUAAAUUCUGUCCACACUACUACUCGAGUGUCUUUAAAAACGGAAUAAAAAUAAUGAAUUUAAUGA